GUUCUCUAGCAGGGAUCUAAAUUCUUCUCUUGACAGGUUUACCCAACACGCAGAAUGUUUCCAAUUAGUAAGUCUGUGGCUAUUUUCCUGAUGGUUACAAAUGUGAUGCUGUUCUCUGUCGUGGUGUAUAAAACAUCACAGCUGUACACGAAACCGCACUCUACCAUCUUCAGUAACUCGGAGAUCUGUCACAAGGCCACGUGUAUACCAGGAGAGACGUGCUGUGACGUCACUGCAACCAACAAAACCGUCAAUGGUUCUUUCUAUUGUUGUUACCAUGACUACGGGGAACGUGUUCGUAGUAUUAUGCUAAAGCAACUGGAUCAAAAUUAUGAAAGAGAUAUCAGAAAUGACUACCAUCUCCAGAGGGUGAGGAAAGUUGCUGCUGUUGUAAACGAAGACAAAACUCAACAGAAACCCGCUGCCCAUCUGCAGAUGGACCCUGAUGCACAGUAUGACAAAGAUAAACCUAUCUCAGCUCUACGGUGGAAAUCAAAUGGGAAGAGAUCGUUUGUGAAAGACGGACUCACUGUCGUUGAGGAAGGGAUUCGGGUGGAGAAAGAAGGGAACUAUUUCAUCUACAGCAACGUCGUGUUUUACGGUAACCAGACUAAGGAACUCGAUGUCCCCAAACUUUAUCAUCUCGUGUACAAACGCGUUCCCACGACACCAAGGUCUACAGUCCAACAGCUGUCGUCCAACCCCCAGUCGACUUGUAAAAUCCGACGAGGAAAGCCCGCCUUCGCGACAUCCUACAUCGGCGCUGUCUACCACCUGGAGGCCGGGGCCACGGUGAUGGUGAAGACGUCGUCGGUGGAGAGACUAGUCAAACAGCCACAGUCGACGUACUUCGGAAUUUACAUGAUUUAAUAGUUCCCGUGUGUAGAGACCGCUGGUGUUCGCUGUUCAUCCAAAGUAUAUUUUGUUUAAGGACACCACUAGAGCGCACAUUUUUCCAAUUUAUGUUUUCAUUAAAAAUGGUUUCCCAUUUGGACUUAAACGAGGCGUCUUUGUGAGUUCGUAAUAGCAGCGCUGUAUAUAUGUCCCAUAUGUCUCUGACUAAAUUUAGUCCAUCGCUACGUAUACUUUUGUGUUGUUUGUUUCUUAUCGUCGGAUUGUCAUGGAAAGGUUCAUACAGAAUUUGUUGAUAGCUCCCCGUGUCGCGUGUAAUGUUAAGCUCGUCCCAAAUUAAUAAAAUAUCUUUGUAAAUGUUCGGCAUUGAGUUGAAAUUAUCUUUUUUGUUUUUAAUAUUACAUUUUAAAAUGUGCCUUUCGAUAUUUAAAUUUUUGUAUUGGCCUACAAAGUAAUCAGCUAAAGAUUUCCAAUUUCCAUCUCCCUCUAAACUCAAAAGUCAACUUUCAAAUUUAAUUCUUUGUGCUUUAAUUUUCAGCCUAAUAUUUACAACUCCUAACCCACCUAACUCCUUAGGUAGUUGAAUUUGCUCUUUUGAUAUAAAAUGUUUUCUAUAGCUCCAAAUAAAAUUAAAAAUCAUUUUAUCAAUUUGUUUAGCAUAUUUUCCGGAAGUUCCAAAACGUUUGAUAAAUACCAAAUGCCACUAGUGGCGUGUGAAUUUACCGCAACUAUUUUACCAUAUAAUGUUAAUUUUCUAUUACUCCAUAUAUUUAAAAAAAAAAAAAAAAUAAUUUUGGGUUCCCAAUUAUCAGCCGAAACGUUAAUAUUGCCAAAAUAAAAACCUAAUAUUUUAAUUUUUUCAUUAGUCCAUCUUAUAUCAAGUAGAGUGUCUUUCUCAUACCUAAGUUUCCCCAUUAGGAAACCGUUGGUUUUCUGAAGAUUAACCUUAGCUCCAGAUGCACGUUCAUAGAUAUGUAAAGUUUUGAAGAGUUGUUUAACUGAGUCAAGGUCUGAAAGAGUUGCGUUACCGUCAUCCGAAUAUCCAACCCACUUACUGACGAAGCCACCUGGUAAAGUUAUCCCAUUAAUUUUGUUAUCUUCCCGAACAGCUUCAGCCAAAUUUUCUGCUACUGGGAUAUAAAGAAAAGUGCUGAUCGGGAACCCGUCUAAUACCCCGUGAGAGAUCAAAGUAUUUUGAUAGAUACCCAUUAACCUUAACAGCUGAUUGAUUAUCUGUAUAACAUGUUUUAAUAAUUUUAAUAAAAUUUGACCCAAAGUAAAAAAACAAAAUUUAAACUUUAAACAGAAAGUCCAUUCUACUCUAUCGUAAGCUUUUGUUUGAUCUAAAGAGAGUAUUAACCCCGGUAGAUCAUUACGAUUAACAUAUUCUAUUAAGUCUCUUAUCAAUGAUGCUCCGUCAUGAAUUGAUCUGCCUUUGACUGAACAUUUCUGUUUUGGGUGGAUAAUUUUUGGUAAAAAUUCUCUAAUUCUACUAGCCAAAGCUUUUGUGAUAAUUUUGUAGUCGCAAUUUAAUAAAGAGAUGGGUCGCCAGUUUUUGAGAAGUUGUUUUUCGUUACCUUUCCAAAUUAGUACAAUUACACCAAGGCGCAUGGUAAAAGUUAGUUUUUCCUUAUUGAAUGCAUCGUUAAUUACUUCUACCUGAUCACUACCAAUUAAGCCGAAAAAAUUCCGGUAGAAUUCGGCAGUCAAGCCAUCACAGCCCGGUGAUUUAUCAUUGGCAAACGAUUUAAUCACGAGUGAAACUUCGUCUCUGUCUUCAUUACUUAAAGUCAUUGUCAUUUUAUUUAAUAAAUAAUUUUGUGCUGAAGCGUCCGUCUUUUCAGAUGUGUAUAAUGUUUGGUAAAAAAAAUUGUAGUUUCAUUUAAAAUUUCUUCUUGUGUGUCAAUUAUUGUUCCGUC